CGUAUGUUCAGAAGCGUUCCUCUCAAAACACUUCAACCAUAUGUUUGCCCACGAAAAAACCUAAUUGAUUUUAAAUUUAUGGGUAAUUACCACAUAAUUCAAAUAAAAGCGUUUAAAAGCUUGCACCUCUGCUAGCUGAAAACAAGUUUGUAAAACAAAACAUCAGUUCACAUUCAACUCGCUGCAAUCCAUUCACUACCGCCAACCCACCCCGAUCGAUCCAAGUCCAGGCCCCAUCUCUCACACCAAAGCGCAAUGUAAUAAAAACCAGUUUCAUCGGAAGAAACCUCACUUCCGCUGGCCAGGCACAUCACAACUUCACCCCUUCCUUUCCGGCCAGCAACCGGGAGCGACCGAGUGCCACGCAAACGGCUACUCUCCCGAGUGGUCUUCGCGGGCUGUAGGAAACCGAAAAUCAUUAAAUUUUCUACAAAUCAUUAUCCCCUCGGAUAAAACGUAAAUUCAUAAUUAAUCAUGUAAUUUAUUUAACCGAUCCGUCCGCCGCGCAGGAGGGCGCGAGCCGGCCGGGGGUCUUAUCCAUUGCACGCACCCAGUCAAAGGGCGAAAACCGCAAACGACGACGACGACGACAACGCAACGAUGGCAAAAAUGGGGGAGAGAACGCGCUAAUCCGGUCCCAGUUAGCCGCGCGGCGAAGUCGAAUCCAAGAAUCCACGACAAGAAGACAUCUUGUUAUGUACAUUGUUCAUGCACACACUCAGCGGCGCAAGCAAGCAAGCAGCGAGAAGAUAAAUAUUUGCUGGCAUAAACGUGUGCGCCGCGUUUGGAGGAGACCCUACGAGGAACGACGAUGCAAUGGACGAGCGAAACGCGAGAGGGAUAGCCGAGAGAGAAAGAAGAAUGGUGUCGUACGCCACGCCCAUUGCGCUUUCUCCUGGUAGUCUGUGGUUGUUGCGCGAGCGAAUGGUCGAUUGCACUGCACCGGUUUUGAGCGCAGCACUAAUACAUGUACCCGAACCGGUUGCAUAUAACGAGAGAAUCCAUUUUCCACUGUUCUUGACUGUAUAGCGGUAUGAGAACACAAUGGUAUUCGAGGGGGAAUUCCCUUAAAUGAAUGAAGUGAGGGUAGAAGAAAAGCAGCGCACGGACGGCAUCUCUUUUCAGCUCCAUUGAGCGCCGCUUGAAUCGAGCUGGGAAAUCCCGAACGUUGAAGCGAGAAGACGUUUUUUGUGCGGCCGCUCUGGGCUGCUCGUGCUCACCUCUGCUCGGUCGGAGAUUUUUUGUGUCAGUCUCAACCGAGCAAGAGUUACGAACGGAUCGGGUGCUCUCAGUAAUCCUCAAGUAUUAUCGAUCGAUCGACAACUGGUUAAUUAAUGGUUGAGCUAUUUGGAGUAAAAGUGAAGUGAAAGUAAGCGGAAGUGGUUAUUUGUUGAACUGCAAACAAACUAUCAAGUGAGUGACUUCCGCGAUACGCAGAAUACAACAGUGAACAAGUGUUACAAGAACAAUGCCUCGACCGUCGCGUGAAUCGUACGGGGAUCAGAAGCCCCCUUAUUCGUACAUUUCGUUGACCGCCAUGGCCAUCUGGAGCUCUCCGGAAAAGAUGUUGUGCCUUAACGACAUCUAUAAGUACAUUACGGACAGAUUUCCGUAUUACCGGAACAAUACUCAGCGUUGGCAGAACUCCCUGAGGCAUAAUCUCAGCUUCAACGAUUGCUUCAUCAAGGUUCCGCGACGUCCGGACAGGCCCGGCAAGGGAGCCUACUGGACUCUGCACCCCAAGGCAUUCGACAUGUUCCAGAACGGUAGUCUGCUCCGACGGCGUAAGCGCUUCAAGCUGCAGGACGGCGACAAGGAGAGUCUCAACGAGGAGUUUAUCGCCCUGGCCAACAUGAACCGAUUUUUCAUGUCCCAAGGAAGUUACUUCCACGAUCCUCACUAUGCGCACGCCAUGCCGGAAAACAUCAACCCAAACAUGAUGUACACACCCAUCUCGCCACCUCAUUCACCACCGGAAGCGCUCCGUGCGACCAGUCAGUCUCCAGAACAACCACAAUCAGCCGCCAUGGGAGCGUUUCAUCAUCCAACCACCGCAACCUCCUCACCCGUCACCAAACCAAAGCGAUCGUUCACCAUCGAAAGUCUCAUCGGUUCCGACGACUCCGACAGCAAGGAGGAGUGCUCUUCAUCCGACUCGGAAGACUACUCCAGCUCCCCGCCGAACGUCGUGGCCCCGAACCCUCAGCACCUGGAACAACUCCGGGCGUCCUUGCAUCUCAGCCAGCAGAUCCAAGCUCAGCAGCAGGCCGCCUUCAACGAAUACGCAGCGGCUGCAGCAGCCGCGGCCGCCCAUCAUCAUCACCAGCAGCAGGUGGCAGCCGCCGCGGCCAUUGCCGCUUCGAACGGAGUGUCCCCGUACGGAAUGCAUCCGCUCCUGAUGCCGAUGGGCAAGUUACCAGCCGGACCAUACUUCCUUCAACCGGCGUACCCAGCACCGACGGCAGCUCACCAUCACCAUCAUCAUCACCAUCUGGCGACGACGGGUGGCAUUCCACAGCCGUCGGAUGCUCACAUGCUCGACUCGCACAAGGACACCGCUAUGGUUCUUGGUUAGCGCUUGAGCGUUUUAGUUCUGUAAGUAGAGAAGUAUUUAUUCCUACCAUGUUUUAUUUCCUGCAAUAUUUUUAAUCUAGAAAGAAUGAGAUUAUUAACCUCGGGAUGUGUUGUUAGAGUUUUAUUCUAAUAUAUAUUUAUCGAUAGAUUUCGAUGUUCAUUCUCGAUGUUUAGGGAAUCCGAAUCGAAUCCAAUCAAAUUGUGAUGUCUUUAGUUAUAGUUACGUAUGUAGGAGCCCGCAAUAUCUCUCCACUUGACCCCUUUCUCUCUCUCCCGUUUCGAUCUAAGUUAAGUAGGUUUAAGUUUGCACCCGCAAAGGACUGAUAUGUUACUCGUUUAAGUGUGAAGAAUAAAAAUUUAUUUCAAAAACCCAAAGAAGCCAGUGGUUCGCCCGUUUUUUU